CUCAGCUGAAAGGAGAAAGAGAUCAAUGGAGAGUGAAAUGAAAGUAAUUAAAUUGUAGAUAUAUAUUUGAGAAAAUGAAAGUGAGAAGAAUGAAAAUGUCUUUUAAGUAAUAUAAAAGAAACAAAAUUGAUCUGUUUUAUAGAGAAUCUGUGAUAUUUGUAAUUAAUAAAUUAGAAAAUUGGAACAGUGUCACAAAGUUUUGCAAUUGAGUAUGCCUGUAAAAUACAUUCCAUUUACCAAUAUGGGUACAGAAGUUUCUCAAUUCAUUAAUUUAUUUCUCAAUUAAUCAUGGGAGUUAUUUCAUAUUUGUAUUGCCUAUAUAGAGAGUAAUUUCUUACAUAGAGUAUAGGAGUGGCACAACAUACUGUGUCGUAAGUGGAAUCUAAUGUUUAAUAAAUGUUCUCUAAUUGAUUAGACAUCAUAUGCAGUUCCUUAAAAUUUGUGGGCUGAGAGGGUCCUAAAGUUUUUUUUUUUUUUGUAAAUUCUUAUUGAUAUCAUAUUUUCCCCCCUUUAAUUUCAUUUUAGAUUCAAAACAUAUCUCAUUCUGAUAUCUGGCAAAGUUGAAUUUUUCAUCUUGACUAUCUGUUUAUUGAUUUGCAGUGACAGUAGAAUAUAUGUAUUUGAGUAAUUACUGUGCUAUCUAUAUACAUAUUUCAUAAUAACUUGCUUACAGAGUGUUUUUUCUAUUUUUAUUUCUUUAACCUGUAGUUAUUGAUCUGGAAUGUCAGUACCGGUGAGAUAGCAGUGACGAUAGAUUGUCAUCGUGAUAUCAUGUUCAGCUUGUCCUUCAACUGGGAUGGCAGCAGACUAGCAACGACAUCAAAAGACAAAAUUAUCAGGGUCAUUGACCCCAGGAAUGGUGCUGUAAUGCAGGAGGGUAAAGGUCAUACUGGUACCAAGAGUUCAAAGUGCAUCUAUGCUGGUGACACAGGACGGCUGAUCUCAGUAGGUCACAGUCAAUACUCAAAUAGAGAAGUCUUCCUGUGGGAUCAGGAUAAUCUCAGUACACCAGUUGCCACGGCGGAUCUGGGUUCCGGAACAGGAAUUCUCUUCCCAUACUACGACUCGGAUAGCAAUGUCCUCUAUGUAGCAUGCAAGGGUGACUCCAGCAUAUGGUACUAUGAGAUUCUUUCCGAGAAGCCAUACCUGUUUUACCUGAAUCAGUUUAUGUCAGCCGGUCCCCAGCGAGGUCUGGGCUUCAUGCCAAAGAGAGGGGUUGAUAUGAUGACCAAUGAGGUCGUCCGGUUCUAUAAGGUUCACGCAAGCAAGAAUCUCUGUGAACCGAUAUCAAUGAUUGUACCAAGAAAGGGAGAUGCAUUCCAAUCCGAUCUGUAUCCAGACACUGUCAGUGAUCAGCCUGCCCUCACAGCUGAACAGUGGCUGUCUGGUAUCGAUGCCCCGCCCAACCUCAUGUCGCUGGGAGGGGUACCACGCCCCAUCAGUGCAUUCCCUCCAGCCCCCACCCCAGCAAAGGUCCCUCUCAGGGAAACCAGGAAUAGUGACAACAUAUCCAAAGCCUCAUCAUCAACAUCUUCGUCAUCAUCCACAUCAUCAGCAUCGAUGUCGUUACCAUCGACGUCCUCCACUAUGAUCGGUAACAAGCCGACGGCCAUUGUCACAGGCGUCAACAAAGCAGAAAGGGACGCUCAACCCAUUAAUAUAUCACUGACUGAUAGUGCACUACCAGUUUUUGAAAAAGAGAAUGUGAAUAUUGCGAGGGAAGACUCAGAAACGAACUCUAUCAAGGAGAAAUCAGAGCGAGAGCUGCUUGAAAAGGACACUGUGAUCAGUUCUGGAGGAGAUCAGCAGAAAUCCGAGUCCAGGUCGUCAUCGCUGACUUCCUCUCCCGCAAGGUCUUCGAUAUUUGCUCAGUGGAAGACGCGAGAGGCUGAAAGCCGGAACGGCGGAUCGUCUUCAGGUUUCUCCUCGAGGGCUGAAAGCAGGAAGCUGCGGGACCAUCCUUUCAAGGAUCAGUUCGAGUCUCCUAGCCGAUCCUCCAGCGGGGAGAUCGAAAUCGCUCCUCAGCAGCAGUCAAGGGAAGACUCCAGGUCAUCGUCUGUCUUCAGGUCGCCGCUGUCUUCAACCUCGGACGACUACGAGGUGGAGCGGUCGCUGAAUUUGGAAGGUAGGGAGGUGAUACGGAUCAACAUGAGCCCCACCCGCCAACCCAGCGCCACCUCCGGUAGUCCCCGGCGAGCACCCGGUGUCUCAGACUCCUCCACCAGACGUCAGAUGAGUGUCUCUAUCGACUCGUCCAGGGCACCUAGCCUUUCGGACUCCAACAGACGUAGUGUGAGCGUGUCAGAUGAGAGGCCGUACUCGCCGAUGGUCAGCACCAUUGCUAGUCGAUUCAGUCUCGCCAGCAACGGUGAAAGGAGAAACUUGGAUGAUGAGCCACUUCUAACUUCCAAGGACAUGGGUAUGGAUCAGGAUCUUGAAUCUAGCGAAAGCCGGGAUGACCUAUCCGAAGAAGUGAUCACUCCGAAACGGUCCCCCUCAAUCCAAAACCUACGCAAGGCUUACCUCAGGCAACAGGAAGAGAUAAAGCAACUGAAAUCAAAGAUACUUCUCAAGGACCAGAGGAUACGCCAACUAGAGAGGGAGCUUGAGCAAGCCACGAACGAAUCAUCAGCAUAGACCAAGCGGACUCCCUAUGCGUUAAAAGGCCUAUAUCAAAGAUAUUAGUGAAAUGUCUUUCCUAUAUUAUAAAAGGAGGUGCUGUGCUGCGCUGCAAGCCAUUAUUACACUUAAUUCAGUAGUAACCCUUAUUGUGAUUGGUGUAUAUGGUUUAUUGAUGUCCAGUCUGUAUAAUGCUAUGAUGAAUGUGUUGGUGAAAUGGCUUGAAAAGAAACUUAAAUGGUUUGUUCAACAUUCCAGCCAUGCAUUGUGGAGAAUGGUAUACAAGUCCGUCUUGCUUGAUAUGCUGCGUUACGUAAGCUUUGAAGUUAUGCACCAGCUGCAUGGAAGCGAUAGAAAAGCGUCAAGUGUUAAUUGUUCUAAAAGCUUUGGUUUCAGACCACUGGGUAAUGGGUGCUGUCUGUCGCCCAGAGAAGAAUUGUGUUUGUGACCGAUGGAUGUUAUGUAAUUAUCUAUUAUAUUCCACCCAUUGCUUCAUACGUUACAUUUAUCAUCUCACUUUCCUCGGUCCACCAAUGCCCGAAGCAGACAAAGGAAUGCUUAUGCUGGGUCAUCUUUAAUCUGCUGAUCCUCAAAGAUGCAACUAAAUCACAAUUGUAUCUCAUAUUUUUUUAUAGAGCUUUUUUGCAAAGUCCAUUGUUUUCAAAUUAUAAUCUUUUCCCCAUGAGUGAGAACCUCCUAUUGACUGUUUGGAACAUGUAUUGUUGUUCUAGCAUCAUCAGUGAACAUUUGACAUGGAAUUUUCUUACAUUACUCUUCAAGAAUCAAGAUUCAAGAUUAGAUUCAAGGUUAAGAUUCAAUAUAUUCCAUGAACAUUUCCAAUUUACAUUCCAUGGCAUAUUAUAGGAAAAGUUUCCAAUUGCAAUAUUCUUUUGCGGCCAAAGACAUGCCCCUUAUCAAAAACUUGCAACUAUUUGACAUUGAUGGUGAUGUUUUAAAUGCUUUUGAGUUUUGCAAAUGGAGAAUAUUUGCAUGUGGGAUAUGUUUUCUGUGAUUUUCUCACCUAUUAUGUACCAUACAUUGGUUCAUCUUUUCUUUUAAAUUGAAUUCCUUGCUUUUCGAAUUCAGGUAUCAGUUUCUUUGAAUGCUGUGGAGCAUUUUUAUAUUCAAUUAAUCUUCAUAUCUUUCAAUUGUACCUAAAAUGUGAAUGAAUCUAUUAAAGGCACAAUAUCUUGAUUUAUUGUUAAUAUUUGUUUGUUAGUUCUCAGCUAUUGACAAUCACAUGUAUAUUGUCGGCUUAUGACUGCAUUCAAUGUUAAAUUGAUCAACGGGAUCAAUUUUACUUGUUUUUUGUCACUUUUAAAGAUAUGCAACAAAAAACACAAUACCUCAUUUCAGCAUCAAAAUGGUUUAAUUUGAUAUUUUAAUGCAUUUUUGGUUACUUUACAAAAUAAAUACAAAAUGCAGAUGUAAGUUUGUGAUAUAUGCAGUACAGGGGCAUUGCUAGUUGCUAUUGAUUGCAAAUAUCAAUUACAAAUUUGCUGGUAAAUGAGUUGCAUGAAACAAACUUGUAAUCAAUGGUGAAAUUGAAAUUGAUUGCAAGAUUUGUGAUUGUUUGGGGGCUUGAAUUGAUUUACAAUUAAUGACAAUAUUUAUGACUGAUUUGGGAUGGAAAUUUAUCGCAAUAUUUAUGAUUGAUGUGGGACUUAAAUUGGUUGCAAGUUUCCGACAUCGCCCCUGAAUCAUUUCAGAGUGUGGUGGAGAAAUGUAAUGUUGAAGUAGAAGAUACUACUUUUUGAGAUGUCGUAUUGAGGAAUAGAAUUUCUGGACAUGGAAUUGAGAGAGAGAGAGAGAGAGCUCAAAAUUAUUUUGUAUGAAACACAGUUCAGUUAGGAAUAAUGAUGUUUUAUAUCAAAGAUUAUUGAUGUAAUUCUGUGCCAAAGAAUGAAUUGCCAUAAAGAAAACAUUGUUUAGAAAAAAAAUCAGUGAUUGCUUUUAGCGGUGAAUGGUGAGAAAUGUGCGGACAGAAUAGAUAUUUUAAUGUGAUUAGUUGAGUUGCAAUGCAAUAUGAAUUUAAGACUAUUGCUUAUCUUGUAAAAGAUUUUUAAUGGAUAUUUUUAAUGGUGGGAUUUUAAUAUGUAUGUGUAUGUUUUGCUUAACAUAAUCUAAUCAUUAAGAUGGUUCAAAGUUUUGUAUGUAACAUAUCUUGUUAUUCAUCCCUCUAAUUUUUUUCUUUAAUCAUGAAAAAUAGGAUAGCUCCAUUCUGAUUGGUUCCUGGUAAUUGUUUUGAAAUAAGUGUGCAUGCAACAAUGAUCUUGAUUGGUCAUUGCUCUUAAGUGAUUGAUUGCAAACCAUUGUUAUAGAGCCCUGGGCCAGUAACACAAAACUUAGCAAUGAUCGUAGAACAUUUUUCUACGAUUGAUUGCAUUGACUACAAUGUACAAUCAAUCAUGAAAAUCAGGCGCAUGAUCAAUCACUAACCUUUGUGUUAUGGGACUCUGGUCAUGUUAAAAACCUGUAAUAAAAAAUAAUUCAACCAAAGAGUGUGUCUUUCGUAGCAUUGCUAGGAAUUCUCCUUUUUAUCAUCUCGGCAUCUUUUUAUUGUCGAUAAGAGUUUCCUCCAAAGGUCACUAUAAUUCUUUCGAACCAAGGUCAGUAUAUAUACACAUUAUGCUUGUAUGUAAGAGUAUGUUUAGCUGUCAUUUUAAUUGUAUAGAAAUAAAGUAUGUAUUCACCAA